AUGCCUCGCCGCCCCCGACAAGUGUCCGGGUACGCACGAAUAGCCCAAGCAGAAGAAGAGGAGGAAGAACAGCCCUACUCCGAUAGCGACAACGACGACCCCUUCCAAGACCCCCCGACCCUCUCCUCGCAAGACCCUGAAUAUGCUCCCAUCCAGCCGAAACGGCGGGACUUCAUGCGCGUGCCCUCGUCCGGCAGUCUGUCAGGCACACGACGGCCACGGCGACGGCGCACGAACAGCGGUGUGGACGUCAAAGCUAUUAACGCUCGCUUGGAACGAUGGGCCGAGGAGAUCAAGGAGCGGUUCAAGAUCAAGCGGAUCAAGGGGAAGAGCGCGCAGGAGGAGAUGCUGGAGAUCCACCAUUCGGUGUUUGUGCCUCCGGAGGGCGUGAGGCCGGCGAAUAAGCAGAGUUUGGACAACGACUAUGAUGAUUCGGAUCAAAGGCUCUCGAAAGUAGAGUUUGAUGAUCUGGUGGAGAGUGUCAGGACGGCCAUUGAGCUGGGUAUGCACCCGACGCUGAUCUCGCAGGGCAGUAGCGGGAGUUACUUUGUGCGGAAUAGUGGUGGGAAGGUGCUGGGCGUGUUCAAGCCGAAGGACGAAGAGCCGUAUGCGAGCAAGAAUCCGAAGUGGACGAAGUGGAUACAUCGGAACCUGUUCCCGUUCUUCUUCGGACGGGCGUGUCUGAUUCCAAACCUAUCGUACGUCUCCGAGGCAGCGGCGUAUGUGCUCGACGUGCAGCUACGGACGAACAUCGUACCAUACACGGAGGUUGUGAGCCUGAGCAGUAAGAGCUUCUUCUACGACUACUGGGACCGGAGGCAGUUUCGGCGAGGCAAGAAGGUGUUGCCGGAGAAGCAAGGGUCGUUUCAGGUGUUCCUGAAGGGGUUCAAGGGGGCUACUGAGUUCUUUCGAGAACAUCCUUGGCCGGAUCAGCAGACGAGGGCGUUCACAGAUGCUCCGGAUCAUAAGAGGAGGCGGAGGAAGCGGUGGGAUCAGACUUGUCGGCCGAGUGGCAAGGCCGUGCCUGAGGAGGAGGAGACGGAGGAUGAAGGGGCUGGAAGGGGGACGAGAGAGGCCAGUAGGAGUCGAAAGGAGUUCUGGUCGGAGCAGCUACAGCAAAGUUUUAGAGAGCAGCUGGAGAAGCUUGUGAUUCUGGAUUAUGUUAUGAGAAAUACGGAUAGAGGGACGGACAACUGGAUGAUCAGGAUUGAUACGACGAAGGACGAGGCCACAAUUGUGGCGGACUUCAAACCGAAAGGUCAAGCGGACGACGGCAGCGCGGAAGCGUACGAUAGGAGGAAUGAGAACAUGACUGCCGCGGUGCCUGAUGAUAGGAACACAAAUCACGCGCGGCUUGGAGCCAUCGACAACAGUCUUUCGUGGCCGUGGAAGCAUCCUGAUGCAUGGCGGAGCUAUCCUUUCGGCUGGCUAUUCCUACCCGUCAGCUUGAUCGGGAAGCCUUUCUCGGAGAAUACACGGAACCAUUUCCUACCUCUACUGACCUCCAAAGACUGGUGGUCAGAGACGCAGAACAAACUACGACGAACCUUCGAAAUCGACGCCGACUUCAAGGACAGAAUGUUCGCACGACAGAUGGCGGUCAUGAAAGGUCAAGCCUGGAACGUCGUCGAGACUCUCAAGACGCCCGACCACGGACCGCUGGAGCUUACUAGGCGAUCGCGAGUCUGUGUGUGGGACGACUUGGUCGACAUACCCGUCGCUAUGCCCCUUACACGCCCGAGCGAGGAGAUGCGUCGCGCGACUGGUCCUGCUGCGCAAUCGCUCCGCCGAGCAGGCGGGAUAGAAGAGGAAGAGGAGAUGGACAUUUCCGCUGCCUACGCUUCUGCGCCUGCGACGAGCAAGUUGGACCUUCUUGGAAUGACGAGUCCGCCUGCGAAGCCAAGGGACAAUCCUUUCAACCAUUCCCGCCAGAACAGCUCGCAGUCUAUCCACGCCGAGCCCAAGUCUCCUGCGACGAACAAAGAACUCUCUCUAGCAGCAUUACACUCCGCCUCCGCCCCACGACCAGGCGCCUACCGCUCUAGGACAGCUGGUAGAGUCAGCCUGGACACGCCGCGGUCGCUGCUGCAAGGACAUUCGCCUUCGGAGCGACGGAGACGGUUUAGCUUUGCAGUGGCCAGGGGUUUUGGAAUGAGAGAUGGGGAUGAGGAGGACGGAGAUCUGGGAUACGCGGCGGCGAACGAUCGCGAGGGAGUGACGAGGAGGGUGAUUGUGGAGAGGUUGGAGAUGGUUAAGAGUCGGCCGCCGGUGUUUACUUGGUGUUAG